AAAUGUGAAAUUGACGUAUCUCCUUGUUUUGAUGUUUUGUAUUGUAGUCAUAUUGUAGUAUGUUCUGUGGUAUUGUAAAUAUUGGUAAAUAAUGGAAUCCGUUCUAAAUAAAAUGUAUUUUGUAAUAUCUCUGUAAUUUCCGAUAAUUGUUUUCAAGUGAUUUCUCAAUAAAUAUAUAUAAUCAAUAGGUAUGGUGCUCGAAUCAAAUUCACCUGUUCAUACAUUAUGGAAAAGUGAUCUUUAUCGAAUGCAAUUGGAAGCCCCUGAACCUAUUCCUAUAUUAUGUGAUGAAAUACUAUCCAACAAACCCAGUUAUUUGGGCCAAGACUAUCAUGGGCCUAUUUCUCAUGUUCAAGCCUCAGCCCUUCUCAAUUCACGGCCUAAUGGGGCGUACUUAGUGAGAAGCAGUAAGUGUGCAAAUGGAGAAUUCUACACCUUAAGUUUAAAAUUCCAUAACAAAAUUCAUCAUUAUAAAUUGUAUUAUGAUCCAGAUAAUGGGUUGUAUGUUAGGGAGAAAAGGUAUGACUGUGCUAGGUCUUUAGUGGCCGAUGGAUUAAUUACGAUGUAUUUAGAAUUAAAAGCGCCAAAUGUCUUGCAACGACUAGCAACAGCAAAUUAUCAGGAAAGCCCUUAUAUGACCCUAACAUUGAAUAAAAGAAAAUUAAAGGCUCUGUCAAAACAAAAUGUGAUAAAUCAAAACACAUUGACAAUUCCAAAUAUACCAGACAAUAUACCAUAUUCAUAUCACAAUUCAAACCAAAGUUUGCCAGAUAAGAUUGAGAAGCCACAUGUUUUUAAAUUGACUACAUUUAAAGGUCUUAAUUGGUGUGAGUUGUGUGCUAAUUUCUUAUGGGGAUUUACAUUACAAGGGAAGAAAUGUGAUGACUGUGGUGCUAUAGCUCAUACAAAGUGCUCUGAAAAAUUUGCUAAUGAUUGUGUCCCAGAUUUAAAGUAUUUAAGAGGUGUAUUUGGUAUUGAAUUAACAACUUUACUAAGUGCCUACAAGGCUGAACUACCUUUUGUAGUUACAAAAUGUGUGGCUGAAGUGGAAGCUAGAGGUCUAACUACUGAAGGAAUAUAUAGAUUAAGUGGCUUUGCUGAUGAAAUUGAUGCCAUUAAAGUAGCUUUAGAUAAAGAUGGAGAAAAAGCUGAUUUAAGCAUGGAAAAAUAUCCAAAUAUAAAUGUGAUUACAGGAGCCCUUAAAUUGUACCUUAGAAUACUACCUGUUCCUUUAAUAACUUUUGAAAUACAUCCACAGCUUAUAAAUGCUAUUCAGUAUAAUGAUCUGGAUUUACAAUUAUCUGCAAUUAAACAAGCUUUAGAUUCUUUACCAAAGGCACAUUAUGACACUUUAAAGUAUAUGAUUCAACAUUUAAACAGAGUAGCUCGACAUUCGCCAAUCAACAAAAUGAACUCUUUAAAUUUAGCAACUGUUUUUGCACCUACCUUGAUACAUCAUCCACCAAAUAUCAUUCCCGAUGUUAGGAGUGAUAUAUUUUUACUUGAAAUUAUGAUUAAUAAUUGCAAUUCAAUAUUUACUAACUAAUAUUUAACUUGGAGUACGUUAGGAUGUAACUGAAUAUUAGUUUUAAUAAUUAUUAUGCAAAAAAAGACAAUUUUCUUGCCCAUAAGUUGCGUUGUAAGAUAUAUCUCUUUGUUGUUUAAUGUGAUCAGAUCUGUAAUUGUGAUAUUUCUCAAAGAAAAAUGAAAGUAUUUUUUAUUUAUAUUUAGUUUUUGCCUAAAUUGUAACAGACAUUCCUAAAUUUAUUUGAUAUUUGUGUUUCAGUUUACAUGAAACUAUUAAGUUUGGGUAAAAAUAUAAAGACGUUUCUUUUUAUGAUAAACAGUAAUAAAUAAUAUAUAUUAAUACAUUUUCUAAAAGUUUUUUAAACAUAUUGUAUGAAUUUUAAUAAAAUAAUUCUAUAAACUA